CAAGUGGGAGGGAUUGGAGUGGGAAGCCUCCCUCAGUGGGGGAGGAAGGGCUGAGUGGAAGACCCCGUUCCUGAGUGGAUUUGGGAGGAGUGGUCCCGAGCCACGCUGUAGCCAUAGGUGGGGGUAAGAGCUUGCUGGGGGGUCAUUUAGGCCCCAUGUUUCUCCGUCUGGGGAGGAGGAUUUGCUACACUGCUAUAGCCUUCAGUGUAGCUGCUUCCUAUCCCAAUAGGAGGUGUUCUGUUGCUGCAGUUAAUCCACCUCUCUGAGUUGUCUACUGUAGGGACAAAGCUGUAUCAUUGAAGAUGCUUAUACUACCUGUGCAGAUGGGGAAAGCGUCUUCUGUUGGCAAAGAACUUGAUACGUACAAUAGUAAAAGCUCUACAUGAAAGCUGAGGACCAGUGAAAUGUAAAUGGAGUAUAAUCAAGACAUACAGAUUAAUACAAGUAAAAGCAGACAACCUGACCAUCUGAAAAAACAAGUGAAUAACAUAUUAUUAGAUAACUUUGACUAUCCUGAGGAUGCAACUGAUGAGGAGCAAGAAGACUUACCUUAUGAUGGAGACCUAGAAAGAACUUAUCACCACAAUAAUGAAUCAAAUAAUUUGAAAGCCUGUGUUUCUGUAGAAAACAUUUCUGAUAAUUUCUUAAAUUUGACCUGUUCUGAAAUUAACAGAAGUUUAAAAGAAGAAAUAAAUUAUGAAACACAACAGCUAUCUCAAGAAAAGGUCUUCAGCCACCGUAUGCCCGCCACAAGAACAAAUGGAAUAAUGAUUGAAAUGGCAGUAGAAGCUCCUGUGAGUGGCAUGCCUUUGGAGACAGAAUUAUCAGUUGGAGCUUUCAGCAGCCUAGAUAGGAAGGAACAUUUCACCAACUCAAACAUUUCUGAUGUUCUUUUGCGUCAUUUUUCCAAAGAAGAGUUAUCAAACACAAGCCAAUUAAUUGAUUGUGAAACUAUUCCAGAAACAUCCUUUACUGAAAGUGUUGAUGAAACUAUCCUCACCAAAACUAGGAUUUCAGAAUGCACCAAGCCCACUUUACUAACAGAACAAUGGGCAAAGCACUUUGAAGACUAUCAUUUAAACAGACAAGAUGUAAUAUCUGAAGAUGAUUACGAAGAUAAACAUUUGAUAGAUGAAAAAAAAUUUGUUAUAGAUGACAGAGCUAAUUCUUAUGGUGAUGAGAAAAACUGCAUACAAGAAAAUUCACAGUUGAUAGCUGAAAAUGAAGAUACAAAUAAUUUUCAAAACAUAAGAAAUAAUCACAGUCAUCAAAAAGGUUUAUUUGAAAGAACAAGUUCAUCUCAUGAACUCAAAUAUGGUCAAGGACAAGUUAAUUAUUGUCUUCCUGACUUCUCUAAAGUUCCUCCAAAAGUCAAAAUACCAAAAAGAAAUAACAGUGAUAAAUCAGCUCCCAUAAUGAAAAGAACCAAAUUCUCACCUAAUUUGGUUGGUAAAUCAGCAAUUGUGAACGAUGUUUUAGAAACUAUUAAUUAUUUUGAUUCUGUUGAAAUAAAGAAUCAAGAAGAAGAAAUGAGAAUUCCUGAACUUUUACAACAGCUAGAGUUGCUGACAAAACAUGCUGAGGCUCAGAAUCGUAUUGAUCAUUUGAGGUUUGAUCCUAAGAUAUAUACUCAUUCAGCUUCUCCUAAUCCAAACCUUUCCAUUCACUCAAGAUGUAUGGGUGCAGCUUCUGAAGAGUCUGUAUUUCAUCCCCUUACUGUUCCUAUCCAGCCUCUGCUUGGUUUGUCCCAAGCAUCUUUUUCAGGAUUACAAUCUGGGAAAAUUAUUUCAUCAUUACCGUCAGCCAGUUCAGCAGGAGAAGUACACUCUUUAAAUCCUAACUUGAUGCAAAAUACAACAAAAGGAGAAAAGAUGUCUCAAAUGCUAAAGGAGCAGGCAGAGCAACUGAAAGCUAAAGUGGAAGAAUUUUCUAAAUGUGUAAUACAGGAGGCCUUCCCUUUGCAAGAUCGCUGUCCGGUAUUAAAGGAACUAAAAGAAUACCUUGACACAUUGGAACGGAAAUAUUUAGCCACUAAGGAGGAGCAUCGUGGUUUACAGCUACAGAACUACAAUCACAAAUCCAUAAGUGUUGGCGAGUUUGACCCUGACAGAAAGGUGGAGGGGGAAAUAUUUAGGCUUGGUAUGCUGCUUGAAGAUGUCAAAGAGAAAAUUGACGACAAUAUAUGUAGUCCAUGUCCAUCUUCAUUCACAACAUCUCCUACGUCUCCUUCGCUCACUCAGUGUGAAUCUGUGGGUUCAUCCUGUUCUUGUCUUCGUGAGAGUCCUGUGGUUUCAAGCAUUAGUGAUCCUCCAGAAAGGUCUGCUACUGAAGUGAAUUUUCAUAAUAAUGAAAGGAACAAGGGAGAGAAUAGAAGGCAUGCAAUUGAUGUGAUCCCAAAGAAAACCAGUCAGCUUUCUUUACAGAAUGACAGUUGUGAUCCUUUUUCUGAAAUCCAAUUGGGAUUACAAAAAAGAGAUGCAUGUGCCUAUGUAAAAGGAAUGGAGCCCCUGGAAAAAGCAGGACUGCUAGCAAAUAAGCACUCUUCAGAUGUAAUGCAGUGUUUCCUUCCACAUGAGGCAGACAAUGGGCCUGGAGGCCUGGAAUCCCAUAGGCAGCUUAUAUUAAGUCAAAAACGUACCACUGAUCAAGAAAACCCAAAAGGGAGUUUAAACUUUUGGCAAAUGAAGUCUCCACCCAAAACCAAGCCUUACAAUAUGUGCAAUUUGGAACACAAAAUUAUUAAUCUAAAUGUGCGGCAAGAGCAAGGCAAUUUAGCACGUCCCUCAGAUCAUUGUUUUUGUGGAAGGGUAGAAAAGUGUUCAAAUGCACAUGAUGCUGCUCUGUAUCCCAAACGGAAAAUACACUGGUCAAAAAAUGCAAACAAAGAACUUUGUUCCUGUUCUGUCAAUAGAAAUAAAAAGACAGAGGACAGAAAAACUGAUAGUGAAAGGUCAAAAUCUGGAAGGUAUUCAGUCUUCAUUCAGGAAAAAGCAAUGGAGCUAGAUUUGUCAGGUACUAACCUUUGCAGUGAUUCAGAAGACAUCUCAUUCUGUGAUUCCUUUCAUGAGUCACACAGUGAUGAAUUUCUGGAACACAGGACUAAAAAUUAUAAAUCACGUAGCGCAGGAUUAAAAGAACAAAGCAAAGCCUUACAAUACAGGGAUUGGAAUAUAAAUUUCUGCACUAGUGGUCAAAGAAACAAAUGCAGCAGGGAAUCUGACAAGAAUAAUAUUGCUUCUUCACAGAAGAAAAGAAUUGUCGCCAAUAGUGUUUGUACAAGUAAGCAACCAGAUAAAUUUGUAUACAGGAUUUCUGACAAAGACAACUUGGAGACUCCCCAAACCUGCUACUCAAGUAUGGAUGAUACAAUUAUCUUUUCACCUCAACACCUAGCCAGCAGGAAGGAUUAUGGAAAUAAAUCAAUUAUCAAUAUUAGAAACAGACACACCAGUUAUACUGACACAAAGAUUUUAAACUCUACUUUGGAUCAUGCAAUACAGACUGCAACCAGUUUGAAGGAAACUACAGAACGAAUGGUACAAGUUGUUGCAGAAGAUCUAGCUAAAGUCAAAACUCAUCGAAGUAAGCAGUUUUUUAGCUGGUCUGUUUCAAACAUUUGAAUUGUCAGCUGAAAUGUAGAAACAGAACUCUUGAGUUGUGAAAAAUGUGCAUUAACAAAUUGUACAAAAGUUAGGAAAGCAGCUGCCCUUAGGUAUGGUAUCAGCACCAGUUUAAGAGCAGAAAAAAAAAGCAGAGUGCCAAGUUUAUAAACCAAAACCCCCUGAAAGUUGUCACAUCUAUUAGUGAAGAAUACAGCUGACUUCCCUCAGCCUUCAGUAAUAGUACUUUAUAGAAUUGCUCUUGAUAACCAAGCUUAGCUGUAGUUUCUAAACUGUGCAAUUUGGGGCCAGAAAGAUAACAUCUCCUCCAUCAGUGUGUUCUCAGCAAUAUCACUGCCCAGCUCAGUAUCCUGCUUGGUAUUGAACAUCACAGAGGGAAACAACUGAAACCCUUUGUUCCUGGAUAAUCUUUUUAAAAUGAGUUUUAGCUGUGACAUUGAAUAUGUCCUUCAAAAAUUGACAAAGAA